UUCAAAAGCCAUCCCAGGCGCAUUCCCCCGGCUUCAGGAAGCACACAUGUCAGCUGAGUCCAAAGAUGAAGAGUCCAAAGUGGUUUCCACUGGUGUACCUCUAUUGUUUUCUCCUGGUGAUGACAUCACACUUCCCUGUCACCUGUCAGCUCUAAUCCCUGCUCUCCCCUUGGAGAUCAGGUGGUUCAGGAACACAGACUGCAUCUACCUGUACAGGAAUGGUCAGGUGGCAGAGGGGAGGGGCUAUGAGGGCAGAGUGAGUGUGGACCCCCAGGAGCUGCAGAGAGGAGACGUGUCUCUGAGACUGAGGGGCACACAGGAGACAGACAGAGGAUGGUUCCUGUGUCAGGUCAUCCAAGGAGAACACCAGGAGGAGGCGAGAGUGGGGUUCUUGUAUCCUCGGGAAAGAGGUGCCAUACAACCUGGAGAGAGAGGCUACAACAGAGCUGCUCGCAGAAGGAUUACAGCAGAAGAGAGGAAGGUGAUGGAGGAAUCUGUCCGGGCGCUUAAGAUAUUGGGAGAAGUAGCUGGAGGGCCCUCUGAGCCCAUAUUCUGCGAUCAAGAUCCUCCUCACAGUAGAAAACGGAGGAGUUUUGAUCUUCCUCUAAACUUUGGAGGAGAGAGUCCUGGUCCUGCCGUGUCUGAGCUGAGGCUGGUGCUGCUGGGGGGGAGCACUGCUGGGAAGAGGGCAGCAGGAAACACCAUCCUGGGCACACACACACUCACACACACAUCCACCGAGACCCAGCACAGUGAGAGCAGACAAGGGGAGGUGGCUGGGAGACGGAUGACCGUGGUGGACACUCCAGACUGGUUCUGCAGUGGACUCUCUGAGAAGGACAUGAGAGAGGACGUGGGGCUUUGUAUCCGUCUGUCUGCCCCAGGACCUCACGCCUUCCUCCUGGUGAUUCCAGUGGAGCCGUCUGAAGGGGAGGAGAGGAGGAUGCUGGAGAAAAUGGAGGAUAUUUUUGGGGAGGGCUGUUGGGGACACACACUGAUCCUCUUCACCCAUGCUGAGGGGCUGAGAGAGAGGAGUGUGGAGGAGUUGCUCCAAACAGAGAGCCAGGACCUCCAGCAGCUGGUAGAGAAAUGUGGGAACAGGUGUCACCUUCUCAACGUUAAGGGCAGGCCUGAUGACACUGAGAUCACACAGUUGCUAAUAAAGAUAGAAGAGAUGGUGUCAGGAAACAGAGAGAGAUUCUACAGCAGUGAGACCUACCAGGAGGCAGAGAGACAACUCAGAGAGAUAGAGAGAAGGAUGCAGAAAGAACAAGAGGUGAAGGAGAGGAAACUGAUGGAGGAGAGAGAGAGAAGAGAGGAGCAUUUCAGAAAUGUGCAGGAGUCUCUGAAGAGGAUGGAGGGAGAGAUCCAAACGCUGAGUGAGACAAUGCAAGAUCAAGGCAGUGAGGCAGGGGAGGGAUGGGACGAGGAGAAGAGGAAAGAGACAGAUACAGAGUUACACAGACUAGCUGCAGUACGAGCUGAAAUGGAGGGAAAGUUGAGCAGAGAGAGAGAACGAGUGGAGAAGGAACAGAGACACAAGGAGGAGAGAGCGAUGCGAGAGGGUUAUGAGAGAGAGGCCAGAGCUGAGGUGGACAGCAGCCUCAGGAGCAUCCUGCUCCCUGAGCUCCUCAGAAUCAGCACCGUGAAGGCUGACAUGGAGAGAGAGUUCAGCAGACAGAUGGAGGAGAAGAACAGAGAGAUGGAGGAGAAGAACAGAGAGAUGGAGGAGAAGAACAGACAGAUGGAGGAGAAGAACAGAGAGAUGGACAGAAUGAGGCAAAUGCUUGAUGACAGAAAGUCAGAGUCCGAGGACAUGAGGCAGGCCAUCCAGAGACUCAGCACGUCUCUCCUCAAGGUCAUGGGCUCAGAGGAACAGCUCAGAGGAGAUGGAGCUGCUCACAGUUAAACGGCUGUGUGCUGAAAUGUAGAGAGAAAUAAAGAGAGAGAGAGAGCGAGAGAGAGCAUGUCUCCCAGUGUUAUGGCAUCAGGAACAACACAG